UGGAGGUUUAGUGCUAGCUAGUUAACAAGUUAUUUGAGGUGUACUCUAGUAUCUACACUACUAUAUAUUUUCUCGAUCAAUCGAUCGAUCAUACUUCAUAAGUCAGCUAGCUUGAGACAACAUGGCCAACCAGCAUCCCAGUGAAGUAUCAAUCGAGUUGAGUAGCCCAUAUCGGAAUUCAAGGAGAAAGUCCGACAAAGAAUACGGAGCGGGACAUGGACCGAGCACAGUGUGGCAAACAAUUCCUUAUCCAAAUAUUUACGAGCCGAAGAUAUAUUUUCCGAUAUGGGAAAAUAAGAUCUUUAUAAUACCUUGUGCAUUUGCAGUCCUCUUUAAUCCUUUGUUCAUCUACCUUCCCGUGAUUUAUCCUCACCAACUGUGCUACAAAUGGAACGUGAAUUUGUUGUGGAUAUAUGUUGCUAUACAAUCAACCAUUGACGUGUUUUACGCCAUGGAUAUCGUUGUUUAUUCUCGGCGAAUUCGUGGCAAUAAACCGAAUGUUAACAGACAUGUUAAGGUGCACAUAUUGGAGUGGUUACCUAUCAUAUAUCGCAUUUAUCUGUGUCUUCCCAUUUCACAGGCAUUAUUGCUCCUACAUAUUUGGCGACGGCGUCAAUUUCUCCAUCUGUAUAGAGUUCUUCGCCGUGUCUUCUAUCCCAUCCAAUAUACUCUGCGGGCUUAUCACACCUUUGGAUUAAUUAAGCAACGUCCUAACGUAGAAUCUGGAAUAGGAAGAUGGUUUCAGGCCAUAUUGGAUCUUCUUCCGUUCGUUAUUGCCUCUCAUUUAUAUGGAGCCCUGUGGUACGGCUUUGCUGUUGACAGAGAGAUACACUGUUGGAGGGAAAAGUACAGGUUGAUGUCAUGUGAUAAAUCAGUGCCUAAUUAUAUUUACUACUGCGAUGAGAACACAACAGCCGAAGUACAUAGAACAUGCAACGUUGCGCAUAUAAUGGCAUUGUGCGAUCCAACCGUUGAGAACACAGUUUAUAACUUUGGCAUAUAUCAUGAUCAGUCUAACAUUACAAGAUCAGAUUAUUUUCCUCGAAAGGUCCUGCUAUCUUUCUGGUGGGGCUUGCGCAAUUUGAGUUCCUUUGGUUCAAAUCUAAUGACCAGUUCGGAUAUGCUGGAAAUUUCCUUCUCAAUCUUAACUUCUAUAACUGGCUUGGUGUUGUUUUUAAUAUAUCUCAAUGCAAGGGUGGAGGAGGCGCAAAAAAGAAAAGAUCGAAUUAAAUUAAGGCACAAGAUGCAAUUGAUAUAUCUAGACAUAGAUAUGGUGUUAACUAGAAAGAAUGUUUCUAGACAUGAUAAGAAGGUACUGAAGAAGCUGAUCAUGAAACAUCUUCAACAAAAGCUUGAACAAAACAAAGAUAUUGAUAUGCAGAACUUACACUCUCUUCUUCCUAGCGCAUCCAAAAGAUACAUCAUGAGUCUUUGCCGCUUGACUCGUUUAAAGAAAGUACCGAUGUUUAAAAAUAUGAAGGAGCGAGUGUUGAAAGCAAUCUCCAAACAUCUUGAGCUAGUGACAUAUGCUAAAAGCUGCUAUAUUAUUCGAGAGGGGGAACCGCUUUGGAACGUGCUCUUCAUCACACAAGGUACGGCAUUGAGCUACAAAACCAGUAAGAAUGCCAGUGUUGGGGGAACUACGGGCGAUAACUCAAUCAUUAAGUGCCUUAAGGAAGAUGAUGUUUUUGGAGACGAGCUUUUGCAUUGGGCCUUUGAAUUUGCCUCCAUGUCUGAUUUUCCCGUGUCCCCCAAAACGGUCAUGUCCCAAACUAAUGUUGAAGCAUUUGCUAUCAGUGCUAACAAUCUAAGAAGAGUUGUCUCUAAAUUUCGGUUGCAUUUUGUUUUGAACCUGCCUGACCUAGAGCAUUCUCCACUGGAGCGCAUGGCAGCAAUUUCAUUACGAGCAGCAUGGCUAGAAGGAGAAAAUCACAAGAGAGGAUGGAACAGGCUGAGGGAAUUACUCAACAAUGCAUCAGAAAGUGCAUGACUGCUUAAUUUUUUAUAUAGAGUACGCAUCAAGCAUUUUGUCUAGGUUCACAAUUAGAAACAAGAAAUCUUUCUAUAUGGUGUACUGAUGAUCGAGUUCCUAUUUUCUGUCAAACGAAUUGCUCCAUUAAAAUUUAAACCCUUCUCUAUAUUAUAUCAGCUGGAAAUUGUAAUUUUAUUAAAAUAAUUGUUGCCUUAUAUCCAGCUCAUUGGUACAAUCAUGCUGUAAUUCCCAAAAUCAGCGCUAAGUUUUUGCUCUCUGAUAAUGUGAUUUUUCUUGCUGUUGGAUUUUCUCGAAGAACAUGCAUUUCUCACUUCACUUGAGCAGGGCACUUGUAAUUUCAACCCUAGUUGAAACGAAACAAACGCGUCUAUGCAAGAAUACUUUACUUGAUAAUGUUUGAGAUUUUCAUCACCCCACUUACUCAUUGCAAUUUUCUUAUCCUUCUCCAUCUCCUUGUUUAAAAACUUCAUUCUCAACGUCUUCAAUCCCAUGGACUUGUAACUGUUGUC